AUGAGCAAUCCAAAUCCGACGUGUAGUUUUGAUGCUAGCAGGUUAGAAACAAGCGCCGUCAAAUGUGUUGUAAGUCCAACACCGUUCAACUGUAUUGUGAAGCCAUUAGUAACGGCAGGAACUGAUCCUUGUUUUCAACAACACAUGAUGACGCAAGAACUAAAUGAUCCUUAUUUUCAACAUAUGCCUAAAACUAGUGCUGCUGAAGCUACAAUCUAUGCAGCCAGAAUGGGAGGACAGCAUCACGAAAUGAUGGCAGGCACGCCACUUUUGACUAGAAUUGACUGGUCACGGUGGAAAAUCGCCAUAAAGGAAACCCCCAACUUUAAAAACGUCGAAAAGGAUUGA